AUGCAAUCUCGAAAAUGGUAUCCCGUACUUAAAAAGACUUCUCUACUGGCAGAAAGUCAAAAAAUCAUUAAACACGCAGACAAAGUUCCUCAUCCAGAAGAAAUAAUUCACCCAUUUUAUCAACCAACACCAAUUGAGCAAUUCACCGCAUGCACUACAGAAUACAACCCUAGCCUACUUGAUGGCAAAAAGGUUGUUCCGUCACUCAUAAAGCACCCAGAGAGCCUAAAGACUAUACUAGUCGAUAGCAAAUUAAAGUUUGAUGACAUUAGGGGUGUGAAUAGAUGGCUGAUCGAGUUUACUGCAAAACAACAACACCAACAAAAUAUGGUACUUAAGCCCACAAACAAAAACCUUAAACCCUUUCACGUUCUCCAUUUGUCUUCUGCCGAUAUCACUAAAUUAUCGGGUCUGAAAAAUGCAUUAUCAAACAUUAAAGAUACAGAUGACUUGCAAUCCAGUGUCGAGUCUCUGAAUAGUGAACUACAGGUCAUUUUUGACCGCGAUAAUAAGCAGACUAAAUUAUUUUGCGAAGACAUACUAGCUUAUCUGAUAAAACACCACGGAAACUCGAGCGAAAAACUCAUAUUACUAAUAAAUCUUACCGAGAUACAAUUAUAUUCACGUUUAGACCAAAUGAAAGCCAUGGGCAUUAUUUUAUAUCAUAUUCUUUUCAAAAUGGAAACAAAUAAAAAUUUGCCGUACAGUGCUAAUUUGGUCACCGCAUUAGAGGACCUAUUGGCGGCAACCAACAACAGAUUUUUUCCUAGGCGUUGUGAAGAUUCAUUACACCCAAUAAUAAUUGAACAACUAUUAUCAUUUUUCAUCAAAACUGGCAAUUUGGAUGAGAGCAAAAAUUUUCUGGGCCAUUUGAUAAAGAAGGGUAUUUUACCGGACGCUACUAUCAUUAAUAGAUAUCUGGAAGAAGUUGACGCUCAUUUUGGUAAGAGCACCAAGUUUUUUGAUAUAAAAUCCAAAUUCGCAUUCAUAGCAGAUCUUGCGCCCAUAAUAGGAAAUCAUGGAAUAAUAAACCUGUUUAAGUUUUUGAUACCUAUGUGCAGACAUUUCGACGAACUAUGCUCUUUGCUAAAUAUUAUCCGAAAAUCCAAUAACUCAAAACGGGCCAUGGAUAGCACUCUCCCCAUUUUUAUCAGAAAAGUAUUAACAUUUACCAAAGACCCAAUGAUUAACUCGGCAAAUUUAUCUACAGUUUUCAAUUCAAUGACCCUAAUAUAUGAGCAGAACAUGCCCAGUGAGUUUGUGGAGGAAUUUAUACUAUCUUUUGCACUUCAAGGAAAUUACACUAUGAUGGCUCAUAUGAUAGAUACAUAUGAGAUCAAAUUAAGUCAUAAAUAUCAACUACAAAUUAUUAAGGCUCUAAAAAAGAGUGAGAAAAAUCACAUAAUUAAGAAUACCGGUGCUGUAGGCUAUAAUAAAGAUUACAAAAAGUAUUUCACCGAGAAUUACUUAACAUGCGCUGAACAGAAAGCUUUAUGCCCAUAA